UAAUUUCUGUGUAACGUUAGGGAUUUGAUUUCGUUCAAUUCACUCCGUGACGAUGCAAAUCAUUCGCAGGUUUGCAGUCGAUACGAGUUCCAUUUCUAGGGUUUUCAGGGUUUUGCCUUACUCCACUGAAACCCUAACAUCUAAUGCUCCAAAAGAGUCUCUUCAGAGUAGGAUUUCACCGGCCAUAGACCUCAGGGUUUCCAUCGUUCCGGCCCUGGAACAAUGGAGGAAAGAAGGACGAAGCAUCAAGCAGCAAGACCUCCAUAGAUUGAUAAGGAAACUCAGAACUUUCAAACGAUAUAACCACGCUCUUGAGAUAUAUGAAUGGAUAAGGGACAAAUUCUACUUUGACAUAUCACCCGGAGAUGUUGCUAUUCAGCUUGAUUUGAUCUCAAAGGUUCAUGGCCUAGAACAAGCAGAGAAGUAUUUUAAUGAAACACCAAAUUCUUUGAGAUCCUUCCAGGUUUAUGGUGCUCUUUUAAACUGUUAUUCCCAGAAGAAAUCAUUGGAGAAAGCGGAGGCCAUUAUGCAGGAGAUGAGGGACAUGGGGUUUGUGAAAACAUUAUCUUACAAUGUUAUGCUAGGCCUCUAUUCUCGGUUGGGAAAGCAUGAGAAGCUAGACAACCUAAUGCAAGAGAUGGAGGAGAAUGGCAUUGGUUUGGACAGUUUCACAUACUGCAUACGGUUGAAUGCAUAUUGUGCCACUUCUGACAUGGAGGGUAUGGAGAAGCUUCUAAUGAAGUUGGAAACUGAUCCUGCAGUCAACUCAGACUGGAAUGCAUAUAUUGUUGCAGCAAAUGGCUACUUGAAAGCUGACUUAAAAGAGAAGGCUGUGGAAAUGCUGAAAAAGUCGGAACAAUUUAUCAGUGGUAGAUCGAGAAGGUUUGGCUAUGAAAUUCUCCUCACCCUGUACGCUACAAUGGGAAACAAAACUGAAGUGUAUCGGAUAUGGAAUUUGUAUAAGACAAUUGGGAAAUUCUUCAACACUGGCUAUGUUGCUAUGGUAAGCUCAUUACUGAAGCUGGAUGACAUGGAUGGUGCUGAGAAGACCUUUGAAGAGUGGUUAUCCGGAAACAAAUUCUUUGAUUUCCGGGUUCCAAACUUGCUUAUUCGUGCAUAUUGUAAGAAGGGUCUUUUGGAGAAGGCUGAACAACUUGUAAGCAGAGCCAUAGAACAGGGGGAGGAGCCUAUUGCUGUCACUUGGGAUGCUCUGGCAGCUGGAUAUCAUGAAAAUAAUCAGAUGGAAAAGGCAGUUGAUACACUGAAGAAAGCACUUCUGGCAACUUCACAAGGGUGGAAACCAAACCCUGUAACUUUGAGUGCGUGUUUGGAAUACUUAAAAGGAAAGGGUGAUGUGGAAGAGGCAGAGAACCUCAUAAGGUUACUUAGAGAACAGAGCCUUGUUUCUGCAUAUGAUUCUGACAGAUUAGUGAAUUAUAUUAGGAGCGAAGAACCGGGAUCCAGCACAAUUGCUCAAAUGUUAUGGGAUCAUGAAGAUCUAGAUGCAGAAACAGAUGGAGUUGUGGAUUUGAAGCAAGAAAGCAUCAGCUGAAUUAUAUGCCAAGCUACCUGAGGUUCUUAAUUGUAUCCCUGCCCUCUGUGACUCUUCUCAACUAUAUUCGCCAAUCAACAUAAAUUGAAUAUGAUGGGCCUGGUAUCCUGCUUUUUAGGUUAACCAGCUUAUAUUUCUCUCCACAUAAAAAUAAUAUGAAAUUCUUUUUCAGCUAUUAUUCAAA